AUUUUGUCAUUCACUUACUUCUUGUAUUUCUCUUUGUUUUCUGGGUUUUUGAGGGAAAGAGUAAAUGUCGGCUUCAUCUUCCAGUUUGCAAGAACAAGGAAUGUCUGAAAAUGUUGCUUCUGACUAUGUUCUUUCAGAGGAGGCUGAGGAGCAGUUAAACACACAUGUCAUUCAGGCUGGGAAAGCUAUUCUUGAGCUCGCGUAUACCAACGAAGAACUCUUGCAAGAAUUGGAUAAAUUAGAGGAUCUAUUAUCGAAAGUCAGACAAGAGAAAAAGAAAAACGAAAUGAAAAAGGUGCUGCGUUCUGCAAAGAAGGCACUGGUGGGACUUCUGGGACAUGGAGAAAUGGAUGUCAAGAUUUCUGUGACAUCGUGCCUCACUGAGAUAAUGAGAAUAACAGCCCCUAAUGAGCCUUUAGAGGAUGAUAACAUGAAGAAAUAUUUUCAGUUGGCCGUGAUGGCAUUUGGAAAAUUGUCAUGCGUGGUUGGUCAUGGCUAUUUGAAAGCUCUUUCAAUACUUAAGGUGUUUGCAGAUGUGAAUUUAUGCGUGGUGAUGUGGGAUCUGGAGUUAGAUGCACUGCUUGUGGAGUUGUUCCAGAAGUUCUUAAAUACCAUAAAGUCUAUCCACCCUCCUGUUGUGUUUUGUAGUAUGGAGAAAAUCAUGAGUGAGGCAAUAGACAAAAGUGACGAAAUCUCAUUGGAUCUUCUGCAUAUCCUUCUAGCUAGUGUAAAGAAGGAGAAUCUUUGUCUAUCUCCUUUUUCCUUCAAGCUAGGGGAGAGAGUUCUUGAAAACUGUGCUUCUAAACUGAAGCCAUAUCUCCAAGAUGUAGCGAGUUCCAUGGGCAUUUCUUUUGGUGAUUAUGCAAAUAUAGUUGCAUCUAUCUGCCAGGGUGCAACUCAGAGGGAAAAUAUGGAUGCUGAGGAGCAUCAAGCACCUAUUUCUGGUCUUGGAGAAGUUGGUCCAUCCAGUCAGUCCAAAUUACUUGUGAGCAAGGAUGAAGGCCAUGUGAGGAAUGAAGUAAAUCUUAAUAAAAAUUCAUCAAAAAUAUUACAUGUUGAUCAGAUCAACCAGAAGACAAGUGUAGAUGUCACCAAGCAAGGAUGUGAAGAUGUUCCCUACGUGAAGAGAAGGGAUAGGAGACCCAAUUCUAAGCUAAGAGUAGAGGAGGGAUAUGAUUUUUCAUGGCUGCCGGUUGAUAAAUCUCAUUCGAAAACAACUCGUACUAAUGACAAGAAUGUUUCCAUCAUAUUAUUUUAUGCAUGUGUGAGUUUAUCCCCUGGCUACUAUGCCACAUGUUUGCAUGGACUUUCGAUAGCUAGCGAUAAUUGCUGUAGGAUUGCAUGGAAACUACUGAUUAUUUAUUUAUUGCAUAAUGGUGACGCUAGGAAUAAGAUCCCAAGUACACCCAUAAGUUUUGUCUUUGAAGUCUGCUUAUGCACUAAAUGCAAUCCUAGCUUUCUAUGUGCAAUGAAACGAAUAACUAAAACUAAUAACAGAGUAGAAGCAUGGGGUGCCUCCUAUUAA